CUUAGAUUCUUUCUUGAGUGGGGGGGGGGGGGGGGGGGACUCGAGGGAUGAGAGGAAGAGGGAUUAGUAGGAGAAGACAGUGGGCGAAGUAAGAAAGGAAGAUUGAGAGAGGAGAAGGCUGGCGAAGUCUGGUGAUCAAAGUUUGCUGUCAUGGGGAUUGUUAGCACGAUCCUGGGGUUUGUGGGGUUUGGAUGGGGCAUCGGCGUCGGACUUGCGAUAGGAUACUUCCUAUUCAUCUACUUCCAGCCUGUUGAUGAGAAGGAUCCUGUCAUUCGGAACCUGGAUGAGUUGGAUUCGAGAACCUUGCAAGGGCUCCUCGGCGAAAUUCCUCUAUGGGUGAAGAACCCAGAUUACCAUCGGGUGGAUUGGGUGAACAGGUUCUUAAAGGACAUCUGGCCUUAUCUUGAUAAGGCAAUUUGCAAGAUGGUUCGACAGCAGGCACAGCCUUACAUUGAUAAAUAUGGGCCACAGUACAAGAUGGAUUCUAUCGAGUUCCAGUCACUUACCUUGGGAACGUUGCCUCCUACAUUUGUUGGUAUGAAAGUUUAUGAUACUAAGGAGGCAGAGAUGAUUCUCGAGCCUUCCUUUAAGUUCGCUGGGAAUCCAAAUAUUAUUGUUGCUGUGAAAGCUUUUGGUUUGAAGGCAACAGUACAGGUGGUAGACGUGCAGGUUUUUGCGACAGCAAGAAUCACACUGAAGCCUUUGAUUCCAGUUUUUCCAUGUUUCUCGAAAAUAGUAGUCUCUUUGAUGGAAAAGCCUCACGUAGAUUUUGGUCUGAAGCUGUUGGGCGGAGAUAUUAUGGCAAUUCCUGGACUUUACGGUUUCGUUAAAGAUACCAUCGCAAAUCAAGUCGCUGAUAUGUACAUGUGGCCGAAGUCUUUAGAAAUCCCAAUAAAUACUGAUGCCAGUGCUGAUAAGAAGCCAGUGGGCGUGGUUGAGGUGAAGAUUAUUCGAGCCACGAACUUAAUGAAGAAAGAUUUCAUGGGUAAAGCCGACCCUUACGUCAAAAUUCAAUUGGUUAAUACGAUGCUUUCGAAGACAACACGCGCCAAGAUGAACACUUUGAACCCCGAAUGGAAUCAGACUUUCAAGCUUUCUGUUCAAGACCUCAAGUCACAGUCUCUUGAGCUACAGGUUUUUGACUGGGAGAAGGUUGGAGCACACGAUAAAAUGGGAAUGCAGGUCGUGCCAUUAAAGGACUUGCAGGAAAACGUUCCAAAAUUACAAACUGUUCCGCUGUUUAAGAAUAUGGAUCCUAAUGACGAAGCCAAUUCGAAAAAGCGUGGCGAGUUAACGUUUGAAAUGAAUUUGAGACUCUUCAAGGAAGACGAUACUGAGGAAGAUAUCAAAGCGAAAUCAAUGGAUGAUGGACAAUUCGCAAAUGGGGUUAAAUCUUCUGAAGGAGGAUUGCUGUCGGUCAUCAUUCAUCAGGCCCAGGAAUUAGAAGGCAAACAUCACACAAACCCCUUCGUGGAGGUUAAUUUUCGGGGGGAUAAAAAGAAAACUCCGGUUGUGAAGAAAAAUAAAAACCCCAGAUGGGAUCAACUAUUUACUUGGCAACUGGACGAUCCCCCCGUUAGUGACUCCCUGCACAUCGAGGUCCUGAGCAAGGGCUCAAGUCUGAACAUGGUGCAUCGUCAUGAAAUUUUGGGAUCUGUGAACAUUCCUCUUGGAGACGUGGUAAAGAAUAAGAACAUCAAUUCUAAGUAUGGGCUGGCUAACUCUCAUGGUAUGAUCCAAGUGGAGCUGAAGUGGAAGCCUGUGUAGAUGAUGACUGCGAAGGUUCUGUAGAACCAGCUUCGAUCAAUCAUUCAUGCAAAGCUAUUAGCUGUGUGUAGUUACGAGCUGGGUUUAGUACAAGCUUGUGUAUGACGUCAAAUAAAUCGAGGAAACCAUCUUGAAGGGAAAACAAGUGGUUACAGAAUCCUUUGUAUUUUUGUAUUGUUGUACACCUCAAGAUUACAGCACAAUGCUGCACCCUUUUGUUUUGCAUAA